AUGGGUGCUAGUUGGACACAGAGCUGGAAGGAGGAGUUCAAAGUUCACAAAAGCCACCUUCUCACCUCUAAACCAGAGCUUCUGCUUCAGCUACGGAUGUUUUAUGCUGCUCUACACCAUCAGCUGGUUUAUCUCACACACCUAAAUUCCUCAUUUUUCUCAGCCAUAUCUCAUACUGCAACAGCUACCUCUCAGGAAAACCAAGCCACUGUCCCAGACACUUCAUCUUAUCAGUACGAUGAGUCUUCCGGGUAUUAUUAUGACCCCAGCACUGGCCUGUACUAUGACCCAAACACACAUUACUACUACAAUUCCCAGACUCAGCAGUAUCUGUACUGGGACGGGGAGAAGCAGGCCUAUGUGCCCGCAGUGGACGCCAACAACGCGGCUCAAAGCGCUGCUGCCUCCAUGUCCACUCCUCAGAAGGAGAGGAAAGAGAAGCCUAAAAGCAAAACAGCUCAGCAAGCUCAGUUGAGAAUGAGGGGAGCUGGUCUGGGAACUAAAGGAAGCAACUACAGCCUCUCUGCUUCAGAUACUCAUCUUUAUUUGACCCUCUAA